GCGGCUGGAGGAUGGGGGCGGCCGGCGGCGAGAGCUGCUGAGCGGCGAGGAGCGGAGCCCAAGCACCCCGCCGCCUCCCUCCCCCUCCCUGCAUCUCCCUUGCCCCGCCCGGCCAACGCCGAGCUACCCGACAGCAUGAACCGGAUCGGCUCCGGCACCGUGGGCAGCACCACCACGACCACCGCCGCCUCCGCCGCCGGCCAGUACCGGGUGUGCGGCAAUUGCCGGAAGGUGCCGAGACAGGAAAAAAGAGUACAAGUCACCCCGCCGUUGAGAAGAGGACCAAGUGCCUUUAUUCCAGAGAAUGAAGUUAUGCAAGCAAAUGGUUUGGAUGAACGUACCAAUCUUCUUGUGGAAGAGUACUCUACAUCUGGUCGCCUGGACAACAUCACCCAGGUCAUGAGUAUCCAUACCCAGUACCUGGAGUCUUUCCUCCGCAGCCAGUUCUACAUGUUGCGUAUGGAUGGGCCCCUUCCUUUGCCCUACAGGCACUACAUUGCCAUCAUGGCUGCGGCCAGACAUCAGUGUUCCUACCUAAUAAAUAUGCACGUUGAUGAGUUCCUGAAGACUGGUGGGAUUGCAGAGUGGUUGAAUGGUUUAGAAUACAUUCCCCAAAGACUGAAAAAUCUGAACGAAAUUAACAAACUCCUUGCACACCGGCCCUGGCUAAUCACAAAAGAGCACAUCCAGAAACUUGUCAAGACUGGGGAAAAUAACUGGUCUCUUCCUGAACUGGUGCAUGCUGUUGUCCUGUUGGCACAUUAUCAUGCCUUGGCAAGCUUUGUAUUUGGUAGUGGCAUUAAUCCAGAGAGAGAUCCGGAUACAUCUAAUGGAGUCAGACUUAUAGCAGUCAACAACUUCUGUGUCUGUGAUCUUGCCAAUGACAACAACAUAGAAAAUGCAUCCCUCACAAGUAGCAACUUUGGGAUUGCAGAUUCUUUAAGUGAGCUGGAGGCCUUAAUGGAAAGAAUGAAGAGGCUACAAGAAGAUAAAGAGGAUGAAGAAGCCUCUCAGGAAGAAAUGGCAACGCGCUUUGAAAAGGAGAAGAAGGAGAGUCUGCUAGUAAUUAGUGGAGCAUUUGAUGAUGAAAUAGUUUCUACGGAUGUCUCCCGCUAUGUUGAAGAUCCUGGGUUUGGGUACAAAGACUUUGCAAGGAGAGGAGAAGAUCAUCUGCCAACAUUCAGAGCUCAGGACUAUACUUGGGAAAAUCAUGGCUUUUCCCUUGUGAACAGGCUUUAUUCUGAUAUUGGGCAUCUCCUUGAUGAGAAGUUUCGGAUGGUCUAUAACCUCACCUAUAACACUAUGGCAACACAUGAAGAUGUUGAUACAACUACUCUAAGAAGAGCUUUAUUUAACUAUGUCCACUGUAUGUAUGGCAUCAGGUAUGAUGACUAUGAUUAUGGAGAAGUUAACCAGUUACUUGAACGCAGCCUGAAGGUUUACAUAAAGACAGUGACCUGCUACCCGGAGAGAACUACCAAGCGCAUGUACGACAGUUACUGGCGCCAGUUCAAGCACUCGGAGAAGGUUCAUGUCAAUCUACUUCUAAUGGAAGCUCGUAUGCAAGCUGAACUUCUGUAUGCCCUUCGUGCCAUAACUCGUCACCUAACCUGAAGCAUUCGCUGGGCAGGAGCAAAGGAGUUUUUACUGAGUAUGUAAAGACCUUUUGAAAUAGAUACACACCAGAAGCUGUUUGUGAUGUAGCAUCAGGUUAUUCAAUUCCCUAGUGUCAAAGUUUAGCCGUGCUUCUCGCCGGCUGUAAUGUGCAAUGACGUGUUUUAUUUUCUUGAUGCUUAACAUUACUAAUGAUAACAAAAGUAACAUUGAGGAGCACUACUCUGCAUUGUUUCCGGCUGGAUUUCUGCACAGUGGUCAGGUUCCUGAAACUGUUUUUAUUAUGUCCAAUCCUAGCGCUUUGUCCUUUAAGCACAAGAGUGAAGUGCUUAGAGACUUCUUUUUCCAAGCAAUCAAUUUUCAGAUUAGUGGAGUCCAGCAGAGGAUCAGUUCUGCCUGUCCUGAGAAGGUACCACCACGUUGUGACUCGUGACAGAGAAGCGCGGGCUGUGGCGCAUUGAGUUGCCCACUGGAUUCUUCUGUUGUUUCCUGGAGACUGCUUGCCAGUCACUGUCUUACUACAGCAAUUGAAGGUGAUGCAAGAUGUGGAUGACAACAUUGAGCACACUUUAAUGUGAAAUUAGUUAUGAUAAAUCCUACAGCAUGCUACUGAAGUGCGAAAUUCAUCUGCUUUGUCGUGCCCCUUCCCAAGGGAAGAGGCCUGACCGUUUGCCAUUUUAGACACUCUUACUGUGUUUCAGCCAUGCAUUAUCUUGUUUUGCUGACAGUCACCCUCAGUUGUCCUUGCAAUAUCCAUGCUCAUUACAUCCAUUUUUUUAGCUGGCACCUAUCAAGUUAACACACAGGCUGACCAAAAAUAGGGUUGUGGGGUUUUGUGCACUCUCUUCUUUCUCGAUGUUUUAACUAAGGAAAGUAAAGGAAAGUUAGCAUAUCUGUUCUUUCAUAUUGGAUGUAUGGAAAUUUAUUUCCCAUAACUUCUUCAUAGCAUGAAAUUUUAAUAGUCAAAGUUUAAAAAGUUUCUAUGCAUUAGUGUGAGUGAACAAAAGAAAAGUGCAAUAUUUAAAAAGAAAGCAAGCUUUUUUCCCUGUCAUGCCACUGCUAAAGUGUCCUUCCUAUAUAGCCAUAAAGAAAUUUUAAAACCAAAUUUCUUUAUUGUCUAAGGCCUAGCAGUUUUGUUUUAGCUUUUAUGGCUUAAGACAACCUGAUACUAAGAUGCCAAAGCAUCCCCAAAGCAAAGCAUUCUUGGACAACCAGUAAUAUUGGGGAAGGGAAGAAAUAAGCUGCCAAAAAUGUCACACUUUUGUGCUGUUUUCUGUUGCUUUUGACUAAUUUUUAAGAGCACAAAAUGUUGAUAUUUAUAGCUUUAUUUUGUAUUGCAUUUAAUGAACCAGUGAAGUGCCUAAAGAGAUGCUUAAACUUACCCAGUAGGAUGCAAGUUGUCACUGCUUCAACCUCUGUUGGUUUGGAUUUUUAAUAUUUCUUUGAGGAGGGUGACUUAUUUCUGUUGCAUACAUUCAAAACUCACUGGAUAGGUUUAUUUUUAAUAUUCCAUUGGAUUGUAGGAGUUAAUACAGGAUUUUUAUCUCCAUUUGGGAUUGCAGAAUAGUUUAAAAAAGUAUCUGUCGUAUUUUAAGACUUUUCAUUGACAAAAUCAUGGACCAGUAUGAUACUAAAGUUAAUUUUCUCUUUUCUUCCUUUUUCCUGAUACUCUUCACAUGUUGGUUUUUUUGCUUUAUCCGUCUGUUCCAGAUUGGAAAGCUAAAUGAUUGUACACUUUUCUGCACUUUCAGACUCUGCAUGUGAAAACCUUUUUGAGGAAAAAAAUCAAUAUUUUUUAAUGUAAUGUUGGCUAUUUAAAAAGCUGCCCAACAGACAGCAUUGGACUCUCCCCUAGAGAGACCAUUGGGUAAAACAUCAGAUUUAUUUAUCUUGUUUAGGUAACAGUAAAGAUUUCUCAGAAGUGUUGAGAUGCUCAUAUGUAUGAGCUUAGAUUACCUUUCUAAGUUGUUGUAAUACUUUUUCCUCCCUCUUGUGACUGUAGUGGCCAUACCUAAUGAAUUUUGUGCUUAAAACAGUUCUGCUGAGAGAAGCUUUCAUGCAAUACUUUUGAUUUUUUUUCCAAGUGAUGGGAACUGGACAGUACUACUUUAAAUUCUUUUGCUUUGAAAAGUCAAGUAGUUCUCAAAAGCACAGCUGAGCUCGGCAAAGGAGAUGAAACUAGGUGUGGGUAACUAAUAAGAUGGCUUAGUUUCCCUUCAGAAAUGCAAAAGAAAAUUGCAUUUAGAGUAGGUUGAAUUUUACAUUUGGAAACAUGAGUGCCUUUACUUCUUUCCUUAUGAAAUACACUUGCCAGCUCAAAUGCCUUCAGAGCAAAGUACAUGAGCAGAUUUGAAAUAUAGAAACCAUCGAUGGAUUGCUUCAUAACAUUUGUAGUAAAUCAGUGAUUUUUUUUUUUUUGCUCUUUUUAAGGUGCCAUAUCAGGUCACAUAUGGCCUGCAAGACAUUCUACUAUAGUCAUUAAUACAACUAGUUUGCUAUUUCUCUUUUUUUAAAUAUUAAAUGCAAACUUGAAACUUCUGGAAAUGUUUUCCAUGUGGCAUUUUUUUUCAAAGUAUUGCAUUUACAGUGUAACAAUUUAUAGCCUAGUUUUUAUACUUAAAUUUAUUAUUGUAAUAGAUAUUUGUUCAGAAUAGGUAUUUAAAGUCAGACAACUCUACCAUACACUUUAUGCACGCUUUAGGCUCACACUGUGCCAAAUUUUAAUGUGCAAGUGUUCUUGAAUUUUUUGCAUUUUUAAAGCACUCAUGAAUGUGAAUCUUCACACUUUGUUCAUUAAUAUUAGUCUUCAGAGUACCAUAAUUGUUGGAAGUGUAGAUACUUUUGUGUCCUUUACUGGAAUUAAUAUUUACCAGCAUUCAUGUUAGUCCACAAAAUUCCAGCCGUGACCAAUAUAAAAACAGAAUGUAAAGUCUCCUGUCUGCUGGAGAGAAAGUUUGGUAGGCACAAAUUAACCAGCAAGCACAGGGAAUGCUGUCAGCAGGGAGCAGAGCUUUUGAGUACAGACAGCUUCUUCUCAUUGCAGAAUCACUUCAAAACCUGUGUUGCAAUAGAGUAUAUUCUUGCUGAAAUUGCUCCUUUUUUUGGUAAUGAAGAGAAGUGAAAAAGGUGCCUAUUGGAGAGAGCUUUUGCAUUUCCCAGAACACUCUGGCUGCAGCUGAACAUCACCAGAGUGCCAUCAUGCAGGAAUAGAGACAAUUUUAGGCUAGGGUACAGUUUGUGCAGAUAGCUACUAAAGCUGCUGCCAUGGUAUCCUGUGAGAACUUUGGUGACCUGUAGAGGGAUUUAUUUUCAUCAAGACUGACCUGAAACAUGCAUUCUUUGUCCCAAAGCCUUCAAAAGGAUGUACUUUCAGCUUUAGAAGUUAAAGGAUUGCCACUAUUAGCUCUUCCUAUGUAUUAAAAAAAACUUUAAGGACAGGAAAAUCAAUGGCUGUAAAAAUUUAUAAAUGUAGGUCUCAAUAAAUUUAGAACAGAUCAGAACAGAAAGGUCAAGGCACCAGAUUCUUCAAAAAUAUUUUUAUUCAUAGUGAUGUUGAUAGAUAUUUUCAUGGGAUUUGGAAAAAACAGUUAGUUUCCUAAAUUUCAAUGGGAAUUUAAGCACCUAGGCACUCAGCAAAAUCCUACAAGAUACCCACUUGGAUUUUUGAGUCUGAUUUUCAAAGAUACUUAGUCAUCUAAAUUCAGAAGAAUAAAAUAGGUUUCCACAGAGAUUAAAGGAAUAAUGUGUAGCAUUUCCAUGCAGUGGAUUUGCAGUGAUUGUUAAUGAAAUCAGUUUUUUGGGGGGACUUAAUAUAGGCUUAGAGAAAUCUUUCCCAAAGCAAUUAAACUGUAAGCUGCUGCUCUUGCAGAACAGGUUCUCGAUGUUUCUCACACAUGUGUUUUCCAUGAACACAGGCAUGCAUUUCAGUCUCAUGUUCCAGAGUUUGGACUCCCUUUUAGGAGAACUGGGAUAUUUAACCUCUACUUGCAGAAAAUAUUUAUUGGCAGUAGCAAGUGGAGAGCUUGUGCUUGGACUAGAAAGUUUAGGCCAGAAAGAAAUACUCCAAAUCUUUUUGAUUUCAAGUGAUGUUCUUUCAGUUACUCUCCUUAGAGGUUUGGAUCCUUCUGCCAUAAAUAAAGGAUGAUAUUGCACAAAAUGGAGAGGGGAGGGAGUGGAAUCAUUGUAAGUGAACUUUCUCAGAACUGAUCCGAACAUAAAACAUUAAGAAUUGGUUUGCCGUUAGCAAUAACUUCAAGAGCUUGACAUAAAUGUCCAUUUUCACCAUUUGAACUUCAGAUUUCUUUCUCUGUAAUGUCCCCCAGCACCAUGUUUGUGUCAAUAGAUACAUCCACCAGCUUUUCCACAUUUGGGAAUUGUAAGUGGAAUUUUGCAUCUCUGAAAGUGAAUUUAGCAUUUCAGACCUACUGCAUAGAUCACAUCUGUGGGAGGUGGAGAGAGCACAGCAGUGUGAGGAAACUAGGAGCAUCUCGAUCAGUGUUAAUUUAUCCCUUAGAGCACAUUUCCUGGCAUGAGGUCAUGCUGCUGCUCCUCCAACACAAAUCAGGUCUCUCUUGCAGACACUGAAUCCUUCUGCUGCUCACCAGGAGCAAAAAUUGUCAUUUUCCAACCUGCCACCACCCUGCAUCAAGUGCUUCCUGUCUUCCCAAUUCACAACCCCUUGCAGUCAUGCAGGGACAACCUCCUAGCCUUAACCUCAUACACAUGUGCCAGGUUCCUGUUAUCACCAUUUUGCUAUUGAGUUCAGAGGGUCUUUCUCACAUUCAGAAACACUUAAUUGCCAUAGUAGAUUAUUUCUGGACAGUAAAAAUCAAAUUUAGAUAGCAUUUGCCAGUAGCGUGUCAGAUCCCGUCUCUGGGGUCACAGUAAUAAUCAAGUGGAUCCACUAAGGAAACAUUUUCUUUGGCAAAACUCCCCAUGUUUGAGCUGUUUAGCAGUACAGGUCUCUUUGAGGUUCAUCUAAUGGGGCAUUUGAGGUCCUCUUGUGCCAGGCAGGCUUACAGAGCUGUUGUGUGGGCAACUUCUCAGGUGCCUUGCAGCUGGGCAGACUGCAAAUGGCAUCUGGAACACAUGGAUUUGGGGUUUUUUGUUAAUAUACAACAGAAAUCCAAAUGCAUGCCAUGGAGUGGCUGCUGGAGACACAGGCAGCCUUGGAUGUUCCUGUGGGUACUGAGUAUGAUUUGGGCUCAUGGAAAAUAGAAAUCUGAAUUCUGCUCUUGUUCCUGACUGUAGUUAGGGAUGGCAUUGAAAAUGCCAAUUAACUACUAAUUGUGGGGAGCAAGCCAUGCUGUCAGCAUCAGAAGGUGUAAACCACGGGCACUCUCAGAGGGACACAACCAGCACAGGAGAAGUUGAUGUGUUUGUUCAGAUGAGGAAACUUCACCAAUGUGUCUGAGAGAUCCUUGUGUAUGUCUGUGUGUAGGGGAGAUGGUGGGAGAUGCCUCCUUUACAGGUUUCCAGAGGGUUUCCAUAGGACAAGAACUGGGACCCUUUCCUUACUCUAAAGAUGGAGCAGGGGAAGGGAACCAUUUACUUCUGCCUGAGGAAAAUAUGCCACUGUUGAAUUACAUUUUCUUGCCUCCAAAAGCCCUUUGAAGGGAGUUUUCAGACAAAAUUGUCUCUCCAGCUGAGGGGUCUGAGGGGCAGCGACAGCAGCAGAUCCAAACAUCCACGGUCCAGAACUGUUUCUCAUUCCCCACUUCAUGCUCAUCUUGUGCCACCAGACCCAAACCUCUUCCCUCCAGCCCAGCUGCCACGUGCCUGGGUGCUGCCUGCUCGGGAGGUGGGAGAUGUGGCGCUUUUUGGGGGAAAAUAAUAAUAAUAAUUAGGCUACAGCCCUUGGACUCUGCAAGGCAAUGCAGUCAGAAAUAAUUUCAUGACUGUGACCGGAACUGGAUACAAACUGUAGCUUAAAAAAAAAAUAGGAAUUUUGUAAACUUGAAAUCUCUCAAUUUUACCCUUAUCUCCUUUUGCUGGAAAGCCACAUGAUGAAUGUAAAUGCUUUUAUCUUUCUAUCCGACAUAACUGAAAAUCAGACUGCCAACUCCUUGUUUUGUAUUAGUCUUUUUUUUUUUCAUUUUUUUUUUAAGAGAAAAUUGUGAGCAAUAUAUGUAGCAUGCUGUGAAUGUCUGUUUUGAUCUUUAUAGUUACUCUUUAAUCCAUCAGUAUUAACACCAGUUCUUUUUUGUGUUCCCCUUGGUACUUCGUAUGCAGUGUAAAAGCAGAAGCUGUGAUCGGCUUUGCAGUCCUGUGCCGUGUUACUGUAACUCCUUGAUUUUUUUAGGAAGCACCUGACUGUGGGCCACCCUGGGGCAGGCAGCGUGCCCUACACGACUGCCACUUUUUGGUCUCUUGUACUUUGUAUAGUUUUAAGUAGAAUAAGCUUUUUAACAGAAUAUUGAUGCGGUUUAUGAGUCACGCAGGCUGCAAGUGUCCGGUGUGUGAGAGUCUUUGUAUUUAUAGUUGUUGGGGUUUGUUUUUCUUUUUUGUUUUGUUGUUGUUUCUGUUGUUUUGUUGGGUUUUUUUUUUAAUUCAUAAAGUAGCAAACUUGAUAAACAUAGCCACUUUAAAACUGCUCUUGCUAAACAUACCCUGCUGUAGAUAAAAUACCACUGUAGGGAUGGGUGAGCUGAGCCCCAGUCCCAGCUGCUCUGCCUUUGGCCACACGGGGACCCAGAUGCCAGGACCCGAAUAUCUGGUGUGUGUUUCAGCCCCUGUGCCCAUACGGCUGCCAGCAGGGGCAAUGGUGAGCUGCAGGCUGCAAGGAGCAGCCACUGGACCGAAAUCAUGAGCACAGUGUUUCUGCAGCUGAAAAGCUUCCGAGCCUCUCUCUUGAGUGGAAAAAAAAAAAAUAAAAAAUCCCCUGGUUUGCUGUCUGCAGAACCUGGCAUGUCAGGGUUAAGCAGAGGCUUCAGCUCCCGGUUGGUGGCUGUGGGUCUGAGCCCCCUUGCCUCAGGCUGGGGUUGGGUUGGGCAGGGCUACAUCUCCCUCCUCUUACCCUCUGGACAGGGGGUAAAGUGUACCCAGCCCCAGCCCGGCAGCUUCUUGCCUUCUCCUGCCACAGCCACACAGGUGUUCCGGGGUGGAGAAUGAGGACAAAGCUCUGAUCCUGCUGCUCCCUCCCAUCAACACAAAGUGGGGAAGCUCUGUGGGUCCUUACAGCAUCCCACGGGCAGGUGGCACAUCACCUGUCCUGCCUCUUGGGCCACCACCUGCCCUGAGCUCUGGAGAUUCACCACAGGCUCUGUGCUUUCACAGGAGGUUUGCCUGCAAGGUGAGGCAGCUGCUAGGAGCUCACAGUGGGUUUCCACAGCAGCUUCCAUCAUUUAUUUUUUUCUGUUGUUGCUGGUUGGGGUUUUCUUGGUUUUUUUGUUUGUUUUUCAGAGCGACAGACUGACCUAGUGGGAUGGAAUUUUUUUUGUGUGUGUGACUUUUGUUAGUUUUUAAGUUACCCAACUUGAAUUUAUCUGAACAGAUGCAGAAGGAACUUUUUUUUUUUUGUGAGUUAAGAGACAAAAACACAAUUUUAAACAAAGGAAUCAUGUAUUAACAUUUUAACAGCAAUUCAUAAAUCUGCACUUUUUAUGAGGUUUUGAAAAAAAUCUAUUUAUAGGUACGGAACAAUGGGGUUUGUUUAAAACUGUAUCGCAUUUAUACUUGCUGAAAUUACUUUCAUUGUUAUCGGUAGGAAUUUCAUUGGUUAAAUAAAAUGGCUAAAACC